AACGCCCGUACCAGAGGCCGAGGCUGCUGCCGACCUCCCCCCGAACACAGUCAGGGUGAAUAAAGAUGACUCCGAUCCCGCGAGGGCCAACGACAACCCUCUAGUCGACCCGACGUAACCCCGACCAUGCCCAUGGUCGACCCCGACGUAACCCUGACCAUGCCCAUGGAUCGUACCCGUGCUGAGAAGGUGCUCCAAGUCCGCCACCGCCUGGCGAUAUUACGCGGCGAGGAUGACAUCGCGCAGGUGUUGAAGGAACAUCUCAAGAAGAUGGCUGACGACCGUUUCAACCCCCAGAUGACUGACGUCUUGCCCGGUUUUCAGAACGCCGGCGAGAUUGCCGAUUUUGAGGAGGAAUUUGAAACAUCUGACACUGCACCAGCCGAGGGCAUCACUGUGGUACACAACCAUACGGAGAGGGCACAUGGACUUAAUGAGGACAACAACCAAGUGUCCGACAGUACACUGAUCCCGACUGAUCCCACGGUCGACGAUUCUGCGACUGAGCGCCUGAAGGUCCUCCGAGUCCGCCAUCGUAUGGCACUAUUCCUAUUCCGUGGCAAGAAGAAGUUUGCAAGUACUUAAAAUAGUUAACAGUUGCGAUGGACUGUGCGUAAUUGUUGGGAAUGUUUCAAUGAACGUGUGAGAUGAUUGUAUAUUGUCUUUGAGACGUAUGAAAAUUUUCAUGAGAAAAGAAAAGAAUAUACAUAAUGUACAUUGUAUUUGUCUACAAACAGAUCAGCUGAGAGGGGGUACAAUUUGACGAAAUAAUGCUUCCAAUACAGCAGUGAUUGUUUCUCAAGUCUAUGGCCCACUACCCACCUAGUCAGAAGUUGUACAUGUACAUUGUACUUAUCUAAAGAUUGGCUUGGGGAUGGGAGGGGUUCAAUUCGUAUUUUCAUGAAAUAAUACUUCCGAUAGCAAAGAGUAACAAUUGUUUCUCAAGAUGAUAGGGUUAUCUAGUAUGUGGAAAGGGUGAAAA